AUGUCCGAAGACCCUUUCACUUCAAUCAAGUGGGAUAGCGAGGAAGAAAGCAAACAAAUCCAUGAGAAUCAGAGCCCGGUGAUCCCGGAAGAAGAACAAGCUGAACCUAGCAAGGAUUCAGAAGGGCAGUCAAGCCCACCAGCUCACCAACUGGACUACCCCAUAGAGACAUCGACAAUUGCUCUGGCUGAGCAGGUGACUGCCAGCAAAGACAGGCAAAGAACUGUCGAGGAAAAUGCUUCCGAAGCUAUGAAUGAGGCAGACGCCAUGGACACCUUGAAGUCGCCAUCGGCUCCAACGCAGCCCGAAGAACUCAACGGUGCUUUGGAACAAGCGAAACCCCGAGAACCAGUACCUUCGGAAGAUGAAAUAAGGCAAGCAGAACUUCGGGAACAACAAUUGAGCGAGACUUUCGACAAGUACAGCAUUGAUCUGCAAGUGAGCCAUCCAAUCAGCGACAGAGACUCAAAUGCUAAGCAAUAUAUUUCCUAUCUCAUCACCACAACUACAGACCAUCCACUGAUUACCAAACUUUCAAGCGUGAAACCAGUGGCCGGGACACUGACCAUCACUGUCAAAACACGCCGACGUUAUGGUGACUUCAGAUUUCUCCAUAAUUGCUUGAUCAAUGACUUUCCUCAAGCCUUGGUGCCACCUUUACCCCCGAAACUGAACUUCAAGUAUCUUACUGGCGACACAUUCAGUACAGCUUUUGUUCAUAAAAGAUUGCAUUCGCUUGAUACUUUCAUAAGGUUCAUUUGUCAACACCGCUAUCUAUCACAACUGUCCGUUUUUCACUACUUUAUCAGUGACUCCACAGAAUGGAACACUUUCACGAACAAUUUAUCUGUCUCGAAAAGCGGUGCUGCCGAUGAAAAUGAGGGUGGUGGGCUUGGGGUGGUUGGAAAGGUCGUCAACGAAGAUUUACUUACAGAGACCGUGAUGAACUUUUUCACCUCUUCAAAGCACAAAAGAGAGACUAAUAAAGAUAUUCUCGAGAUAAGCGAUAAGCUCAAGAAAUUAUAUGAAAAUCUCGUGAAGUUGGACAAAAUUUUUGGCAAGCUCAACCGCAAGCAUGGUGAUUUGAGAGUCGACUAUGAGCAAUUUGCCCUGCAAAUCAACCACUUGGCAUCUAUUCAAAGUGCCACAGUCCAGGCUAAUGAGAACUCGAAGGUUGAUCCAAACAAAUCAGUCAAUUCUUCCUCAGCAGAGGUUCCAGUGUCUCAAUCCAACUUGAAAGUUUUUUCUGACUCUUUACUAUAUUUCUCGAAGCAUUGGUCAUCCCUUCAUCAGUAUGUUGACGAGUCCUUCUUAAUCUCGUUGAAAGAUUGCGCAAAGUACAUCAUUUGCUUCACCGAACUCAUCGAACUUCAGCAUAAUAGGAAGAUCGAUCUUCAGGUUCUUCAGGAUUACUUGAAUAAAGCAAGAGCAGAUUUGGCAAGCUUGGGUGGAACAAGUGGUGGCCAUGGCCCAGCACCCACGCCUGUGAUGGUGAGCCCGCAAAGAGGCAUCGUGAACAACACUACUCAGCUCAUAAAGGAUACUAUCUCAACAUCUGCCACUCCUCAUAUUGGCUCAACUCAUUCUGACAGCAAGAAGCUCAAGUUACAAUCAAGAAUAGCCCAACUUGAGAAUGAGAUCAAAACUCAGACACAUCUUGUCAAUCAUUUGACGAAUAGAAUUAUUAAUGAGGAGUACCCUAAUUGGGAUAAGUUCAAUAAGCGACUCUUGAAAAAAUCAAUGGUUGAUUUGUGCGAUCAAGAGAUUCUGUUCUACAAGAACCUAGUUGAUAAUUGGGGUGAUGUGGAGAAAAAGCUCAUGCUAAGACUAGAAGAGUUAUGCUGA